AUGCGGUUGUACGCUUCCCCCUCUCUCAUCGCCCUCUCCGCAGCGCCCCUGGUGGUCCAUUCUCUCCAGCUGCCCUUUGGCAUCGACAUCCAAAUACCCGCUGUCCUCGAUGCACAUCUAAACACUAUUAAAACCCAAAUCUCUCAGAUCCAAGUCCCCGCAUUCAUCAACAAGAUCAUAGACCCGACCGGUUCAUCUCCCUUACUCUCCCUCCACCGCGAUCUAGUUUCCAUCCCUUCCGUCACCGGGAACGAAGAACAAGUCGCUAGAUUCUUAGAAACUUAUCUACAAUCCAAAGGUUUCAAAGUCGAGUUAAUACCUAUCCAGUCACCGGAAUACCCGAAGAAACGGUAUAAUGUCUUCGCAUACCCGGAAGGAGGGUCUAGAUCUGCGCCGAUAUUGCUCACCAGCCAUAUCGACACCGUACCACCGUUUCUCCCAUUCAAAGAUGGUCUGAGAACUGUCCACGGUCGUGGAUCGUGUGAUGCAAAGGCAUCGGUUGCGUCACAGAUCAUUGCGGCCGAAGAGUUGCUUGCACAGAAGCACAUUACCGAAGAUACCGUUUCCCUCCUCUUUGUUGUUGGAGAGGAAACAAACGGCGAUGGGAUGAGACAUAUGAACACCUAUGACCUGAAAUGGGAUGCGGUUGUCUUUGGUGAACCCACAGAACUCAAGCUUGCCGUUGGACACAAGGGUUUGGCAAUGCUGGAGGUCGAAGCUAAGGGCAGGGCUAGUCACUCUGGAUACCCGAAUCUCGGUAUCAAUGCUAACAGCCAUAUGAUCAAUGCGCUGUAUAAACUCGAUAACUUGAAGCUUCCGAGCUCGGAUCUGUUGGGGAAUACUACAUUGAACAUUGGUGUUAUGAGUGGUGGCGUUGCUGCCAAUGUUAUUCCUGCAUCUGCAAAGGCUGAGGUUGCUAUUAGAAUCGGAGCAGAGCAUUUUAUUGAUGUUAAAGUACUGGUUGAUGAUGCAUUGAAGGGUAUUGAAGGUGUCGAGGCGACUUGGAAACAACCUCAUUACGACCCUGUUUUCUGCGAUCAUGAUCUCGAAGGAUUUGAGACCAUCGCACUCAGCUACGGCACCGAUAUUCCAAACCUUAAGGGUCGUCAUAAAAAGUACCUCUACGGCCCAGGCAGCAUUCUCGUCGCUCACGGUGAUAAUGAGAAGAUCGAUAAAUCAGACCUCUACGAAGCUGUCAAGGGUUACAAGCGAAUUGUUAGGGGAAUAUUAAACGCCAAGGCUGUCGUUGUCGCUGACCCGGCAAAGUCAGAGACUGUGGUCCCACCGGUUAAGGCUGCUGUUGUGGUCGAGCCGAGCGUUCAAGUGGUCGAACCCGAGGUUGAGAAGGUUGUAGUCCCGGAGGCAUCGGGAGACAAGGAAGAUUACAAGAAGAGCGACGAUGAAGAGAAGGUUGAAUAUGUCACUAUCCUGCCAGUUGAGCCUAUUUACAAACAUGAGAGAAAAAAUGACUAG